CGUAGCUCUUCCCAGGGAGAGUGAGAGGAGCGGUAAUAGAAUAAGCCACACCACAGACACCGACACAGGAUAGAAGAGAACAAGGAAAUAUCAGGAGUAGAGGAAGAGGUGUUGAGGAGAGACAACACACAUUACCAUAUUUCGGCAAUCGGUCUAAGAUUUGAUUUUGAACAAAGGGAGAUUUAAAAAAAAAAAAUAACAACAUAAUAUUCCCGAUUCAGAAUGUCGGGGAGUCGGGAGGAGGAGCGGCGCAAACUCGCCGACAUCAUUAACCACUGGAACGCCAACCGGCUCGACCUGUUUGAGAUCAGCCAGCCCACCGAGGACCUGGAGUUCCAUGGAGUGAUGCGGUUUUACUUUCAAGACAGAGUUGCAGGAAACUUUGCCACUAAAUGUAUCCGGGUGUCGAGCACAGCCACCACGCAGGACGUGAUUGAGACGCUGGCUGAGAAGUUCCGCCCUGACAUGAGGAUGCUCUCGUCUCCCAGAUAUUCCCUUUAUGAAGUGCACGUCAGUGGGGAAGAACGACGGCUGGAUCUGGAUGAGAAACCUCUGGUGGUGCAGCUGAACUGGAACAAAGACGACAGGGAAGGCAGAUUUGUACUGAAGAACGAGAAUGACAUACUCCCCAAAAAGGCGCAGAGCAACGGGCCGGAAAAGCAGGAGAAGGAAGGAGUGAUUCAGAACUUCAAGCGCACCCUCUCCAAGAAGGAGAAAAAGAAAGAGAAGAGGAGGGACAAGGAGGCCUUUCCAAGGGUGCAGGACGGGGACGAGCAUUCCUUACACAAGGAGGAUAGUGAGAACUCCCGAUUGGCUGCUGAGGUGUACAAGGACAUGCCAGAAACCAGCUUCACGAGAACGAUAUCCAACCCUGAGGUGGUCAUGAAGCGGCGGCGGCAACAGAAGUUAGAGAAGAGGAUGCAGGAGUUCCGCAACAGCGACGGCCGGCCUGAUUCAGGGGGGACAUUGAGGAUCUAUGCAGACAGUUUGAAACCAAAUAUACCAUACAAGACAAUCCUACUGUCCACCACAGACACGGCGGACUUUGCUGUUGCUGAGGCUCUGGAGAAGUACGGCCUGGAAAGGGAAAACCCCAGUAACUACUGUAUCGCUCGGGUGUUGCUACCUCCCGGAUCUCAGCACUCCGAUGACAAAGGUGCCUCUGAGAGUGUCCUUGAUGAUGCUGACUGUCCUCUUCAGAUCUUCAGAGAGUGGCCGAGUGACAAAGAAACAUUAGUUUUCCAGCUCAAGAAACGACCUCCAGAUUAUGUCCCAAAGAAAGCUAGGAAGCCAGAUGAGAAAGUUCCGAGGGGGAAGUCUGUCGACGGGUCUCUCCAUGUCCCUUUACCCCCUGAGAAGCUGCCCUACCUGGUAGAGCUGAGCCCAGGGAGAGGGAAGCACUAUGCCUACUACAGCUAUCGCCAGCAAGAAGAUGGGUCAGACUCCAGGGAUAAACCAAAGCUCUAUCGGUUACAGAUGAGUGUCACAGAGGUUGGCUCAGAUAAAACAGAUGAAAACUCGAUUCAGUUGUUUGGCCCAGGAAUCCAGCCCCACCACUGUGACCUCACCCACAUGGAUGGCAUGGUAACAGUGAUCCCAAGUUUUGAUGCUGAGACCUAUGUUGACGGUCAGCAAAUUGCUGAGACCACCAUGCUGAGAAGUGGCAUGAAGGUCCAGUUUGGGUCUUCUCAUGUCUUCAAGUUUGUGGAUCCCAGCUAUGACCACGGGAUGACCAAAAGGAGCAUGGACGCUGGCCCCAUGGUCAAAGGACAACGACACAAAUCAGGAAGCGUUCCUGAAACAACAUUUGAACUGGAUGGGGACAUCCACAGUGGGACUCCGCUGCCAACAAGCAAGAGUUCGAGCAGGCUGGAUAUUGAGAGAUCCACCCUUAGCGAGCGUGGCAUGGUGAAGCCCUUGGUGCACGGAGAACAGAAGCAGGACUACCGCAAGCAGGAGUCCAGAUCCCAGGAUGGACAGGGACCAGAGCUGAUGCUACCAGCUAGCAUAGAGUUCAGGGAAAGCUCCGAAGAUGCCUUCCUCUCCGCUAUUAUCAACUACACUAACAGCUCUACAGUGCACUUCAAGCUGUCCCCCACAUACGUACUGUACAUGACCUGUCGCUACGUGCUGUCCAGUCACUAUCGACCCGAUAUGAGUCCCUCCGAGCGCACGCAUAAGGUGAUAGCCAUAGUCAACAAGAUGGUGAACACGAUGGAAGGAGUCAUUCAGGAGAUACCCGAGGGGGAUCAGAAACAGAAGAAUAUUGCAGGAGCUCUUGCCUUCUGGAUGGCAAACGCUUCAGAGCUGCUCAACUUCAUUAAACAGGAUAAAGACCUCACCCGAGUCACACUGGAUGCUCAGGAUGUCUUGGCUCAUUUAGUACAAAUGGCCUUCAAGUACCUGGUCCACUGUCUGCAGUCUGAUCUCAACAACUACAUGCCAGCAUUCCUAGAGGACCCAGAGGAGCAGAAUCCACAGCGACCCAAAAUAGAGGAUGUUCUGAACACCCUGACAGGCGCCAUGUCGCUGCUGCGUCGUUGCCGAGUGAACGCCGCUCUCACCAUCCAGCUCUUCUCCCAACUCUUCCACUUCAUCAACAUGUGGCUUUUCAACAAGCUGGUGACUGAGCCCGACUCAGAGCUCUGUUCCCACUACUGGGGGGCCAUCCUCCGCCAGCAGCUAGGAUAUAUCGAGGCCUGGGCCGAGAAACAAGGCUUGGAGCUGGCAGCUGACUGCCACCUAAGCAGAAUAGUUCAGGCAACAACACUACUGACCAUGGACAAAUAUUCCAUGCAGGACGUUCCUAACAUUAACAAUACCUGCUUCAAGCUGAAUUCUCUACAGCUGCAGGCUCUGCUCCAGAAUUACCACUGUGCCCCAGAUGAGCCGUACAUUCCUCCUGACCUGAUAGAGAAUGUAGUGGCAGUGGCCGAGAACACGGCAGAUGAGCUUGCCCGCAGUGACGGCCGUGAGGUCCAGCUGGAGGAGGACCCAGAUCUGCAGCUGCCUUUCCUCUUGCCCGAAGACGGCUACUCAUGUGAUGUCGUCCGCAACAUUCCCAACGGCUUCCAGGAGUUCUUGGAGCCCCUGUGUCAGAGAGGCUACUGCAGGCUGACACCUCACCCUCGCUCUCCAGGCACCUGGACCAUGUACUUUGAAGGGGCCGACUAUGAAAAUCACUUUUCCACUGACAGCACUGAGUUGCCCAUGCCGAAGGAUCCGGAAAUUGUGACCGUGACACUCAAGAAGCACAAUGGAAUGGGUCUCAGUAUUGUGGCUGCAAAGGGUGCUGGGCAGGAGAAGCUGGGAAUCUACGUCAAAUCUGUGGUAAAAGGAGGAGCGGCUGAUAUAGACGGCCGUCUUGCAGCAGGAGAUCAGCUGCUCAGUGUAGAUGGACGCAGCUUAGUGGGCCUGUCCCAAGAAAGGGCUGCAGAAUUGAUGACACGGACAGGCUCAGUAGUAACACUAGAAGUAGCAAAACAGGGAGCAAUUUACCAUGGAUUGGCCACGCUGCUUAACCAACCGUCCCCUAUGAUGCAAAGAGCUUCAGACCGUGGCCGUGGCUCAGGAAAACCCAGACCAAAGAGUGAAGGCUUUGAGCUCUACAAUAACUCCGCACAGAACGGCUCCCCUGAGAGUCCACAGACGUCAUGGGGGGAGCCCCCUGAACCAAAGAAAACGUCAGGAGAGGAGAGACUACUUAAGAACAGGGCCGACCACCGCUCUAGUCCUAAUGUUGCCAACCAGGCUCAGAGUCCAGGAGGAAAGACUGUUUAUUCAGGUGGCCCAACGUCAAAAAUCACAUCCGUCUCAACUGGAAACCUUUGCACUGAUGAACAGCAGCCCUCGCCACGACCCGAAGCGUAUCCAAUCCCUACCCAGACCUACACGAGGGAUUACUUUACUUUCCCUGCCUCCAAAUCCCAGGACAGAAUGGGCCCUGGUCCUGAGCAGCAGUGGCAGAACUAUGGGGACAGACCCCCAGGCCAGCCUGACGAUCAUCACUCCAGCAAUAUGUCCAUUCAGCGAGUAACUCGCUCGCAGGAGGAGCUCUGUGACGACCGAGUGGCUUACCAGCCAGAGAGGAUGCGGCAGGAAGAGAUUGUUCAGAUGCAGCAGCGGGAGAUGGAGUAUCAGCGGGAGCGGGGCAAUGGCGAGCACUGGAACCAUCAGGUCUCCUCCUCUGUGGAGUCCAGCACAUCCAGCCAGGAACACCUCAACUACUCCUCUUCCUCAUCCAAGGCCCCCAACCACAAGAGCGGUCCGGGUCGAUGGAAGACACCAGGGCCCACUAACUCUGCCCCUGUGGCUGUUUCCCAGCCAACCCAGUCGGACCUUCUGCCCCCACCCCCUCCCCCUCCUCCAGUAUACUACACAGGCGACUUUGACUCCCAGGCUGACCUGCCUCUCCCUCCCCCUCCCCCUGGUGGCGGGCAGCAGCAGGCUAUAGCUGCCGCCACUGCAGCAGCUGACCGCAAGAAACGUGACGAGCAACAGCGCUGGUACGAGAAGGAAAAGGCACGGCUAGAGGACGAGAGGGACAGGAAACGGAGGGAGCAGGACAGGAAGAUGGGCCAGGUCCGCAUCCCUCCUGGACCAGGAGUCCCUCCCAAUCUCAACCACCAUCACCAGCAGCCUCCAUUGUCACCAAUGCCAAUCCAGCACCAGCAGCACCAACACCCACCACCACCUAUGCCUCUACAGCAGCAGCAGUACCACCCCCCUCCCAUGAUGCCCCAGCAGCCUCCCUGGAUUGAAAAGCCUUCCAGUCUGCCCCGGGCUCCCCCUCCCCCCCAAGACACAGUCAUCCGGGAGCUGCUUCCCCAGCAGCAGCCACGCACCAUCGAGCGCCGGGACCUGCAGUACAUUGUCAGCAAGGAGGACCUCACCUCUGGGGACAGCCUGUCCCCUGACCCCUGGAAGCGGGAUGCCCGGGAGAAGAUGGAGAAGCAGCAGCAGCUGCACAUCGUGGACAUGCUCAACAAAGAGAUCCAAGAGCUGCAGGCCAAACCGGAGCGCACUGCCGAGGAGAACGACCGGCUGCGCAAGCUGAUGCUGGAGUGGCAGUUCCAAAAGCGGCUACAGGAGUCAAAGCAGAAUGAGGAGGACGAGGAGGAGGAAGAUGACGAGGACGUGGACACCAUGCUUAUCAUGCAACGCCUGGAGGCUGAGAAGAGAGCCCGGCAGACUGCUGUCCCAGCAAUCUCUGUUCUAGACUUGUUGCAGGAUGAGGAACGCAGACGCAAGCAGCAGCUGGAAGAGAUCCGCAAGCGGGAGGCAGAAGAAUGGGCGAAACAAGAGGAAGAGCGCCGCAGGAGAGAAGAGGAGAGGAACCGACGAGAGGCAGAGGAGAAGAGGAGACAGGAAGAGGAGUAUUACAACCGCUUGGAAGCAGAGAGGCGCAGACAGCACGAUGAGGCUGAACGGAAGCUGCUAACACCUGACGAGCCUGGUCUGUACAGACCUCCCCUCCCCCGGGACUACGAGCUACCCCCUCCCCCUCCCUCCUCAGCUAACACACCUCCACCCCCGCCUCAGAGAAACACCUCUUACCUCAAAACGCAGGUCGUCUCCCCUGACACAGUGUACACUGCCAAGUUUGUUUCAUACAAUGAUGAGGAGGAGGACUCAAGCCUAGCAGGUCAGGUUAAGUUCUCGGCCACCAGAAAAUCCUAUGGCGACCUUCCUCCUGCUCCCAAGCCGCAGCCUCACCAGCCAUCUGCCCGCCCAUCCCGCCCGGUCUCUGAUGGGAUCUUUCUUUCCAACUCAUUCCAGCUGCCAUCAGCCAAUGCCAACAGUACUGCUUUUAAGGCAGGUCCCCCUCCCCCUCCCAACAAACCCAGCUUCAACCCGUCCGGCAACUCCAAAGGAUAUAAUUCGUACACUGGAACUACAACAGCGGUUGUAGGAUCACAUGAAGUUUACAGGGACCUGCGGGAUAAACGUGUCAAAAGUGGUCAAGAUCAGGAUGAUUCUUUGACUGGCGAAGCUCCAGAGAGUAUGACUUUCAAGGAACGCCAGCGAUUGUUUUCCCAGGGACAAGAUGUGUCCAAUAAAGUCAAGGCAUCGAGAAAACUGAUGGAGUUGGAGAACGAACUCAACACAAAAUAAAACUGGAGCCUUAGCAGGAUUGAGCGCAUGCCUCCGAAUGGAAGAGGAGAGCGUCUGUUUUCCUUUUGUACAGUGUGAUUUUGAUUUCCCUAAUAAUUGGACUGUUAAAUAUGAUAUUGUUGCAAUAGGCAAUUUUGCUUACUUUCAGUGUGAACUGUUCAAGAUAUAUUAUAAUAAAGCACUGUAAAAUAUGUUUUAAUUCAAAAAAGGAAAAAAAAAUCACAUGAAGGGUGGUAUAUUUUUGUGUUCUUUUAAUGGUUUUGGGUUAAGAGUUUUUAGAGUUUAAAAAAGAAAGAAAAUUAGAAGCUGUAGUAACUUACGGCCAUUUGGAAUCUUUUAUAAUGACUAGUUUAAACCACCCAUUUGCAGCAAAUAGUUCCAGCUUUCUCUGUUGGUGCAAGCUGAAUUUCCAAGUUAAAAGGACAAUUCUGUUAUUAAAUAAAUAAGUUUUCUUUUGAAUCCUGUUGUGCUUUUUAAUGGUCUGGGUCAGUUCCAUUGGUUCAAACUGCAUAGUGUUGCGGGUCAAGUAGUAAAGGCACAAGCCAGGGGUAAGACAUUAACAAUAGUGCAUACUCAGUAAAUAAGCAGGUUGGCACAUACUGUAAUAAAUCUAAGAUUUCUAGAAGCAUCUAAUUUCACAUUCCAUCUGCCAAUGGGACAGAGCUGUAAAUUGUGUGAAAUCAAAGCUUAUGUUUCCAUUGACCAAGGUCAAACUGGUUUAAAUUUAAACACUAUCAACCCUAGUUGUAACUAGUUGCAGCCCCAAUUUGAUAUUGGAGCUAAUCUAGUUUCAUGGUGAAGAUGUCUUCAGUUUCCCUUUUUUUUUUUAUAUAGUUUAACCUCAGAAUGCUUGGUUGUGGAGUUAUGGGUGAUCAUUCCUAUUAGGCUGUGAGUACUUUGAUGCCCCCAGUGUUUAAUUCCGCCAGUUUUUCUUAAUGCCACCUUCAGAAUGUCUUAAAUAUACAUGAUGAUGAUAUUGUGAAUAUUCCCAAUAACAGAAGAAUAUGGACCAAGCUACGGCUGGAAUUACUUGCAUGGAAAAGGUUACCCAUAUCCUUUCCAUUUGAUAACACAGAACCAAUAGGAUUUUUUUUUUUUUUUUUUGUGGUUAGUCUGCUUUUAAUAAUUCGUUUAAACUGUUUCAUUUUACAUGAUGAUUUUGUAAAUCAAAAAAUACAUAAUGAAUAAAUAUGCUGGAUUUGACAGAAUUUGUACAAGCAUUUUUUAUGUAUUACAAUAGAAUUUUUUCAUCUAUUUCAACUGGUAUCUGCAGCAAUCACUUUAAUCCGCUGCUUUGAAGAAUAAUUAUUAUUUAACACAAUGUGAUAACCCCCCCCUCCCACCCAGGUGAAAGGUGGAUCUUCACACUACCCAUUUGGGCAAUAGGCACUAAGCAAUCAGAGUCUAGAUUUUAUUUUAUUUUAUUUUUUUGCAGACUCCCUUAUUUUCUGUUAUUUGGUCAGGCAGCCAAUGAACACUUUGUGUUCCAGAUAUGAACAAUAUGGCUCUCACCCAGGAAAUGGACCUCCUACCAUUGUUUAGAUGUGUGUGUGUUUUUUUUUCUAAUGUACUGCAACUUUCUAAAGGUGUUUCCAACCAAAUGUUUAUUUAACUAGGCCCUCGACUGGAUUCUUUACUUGUACUGUAUGGUACAAGUAAAAAUUGAUUACAGAUUGUAUGAUAAUGAUUGCAGAUCUCGAAGAUUGGUGUGUAUGUAUAUAUAUAUUUUUUUUUUUUUUUUUUUUUUUUUUUUUUUUUUUUUUUUCUUAUUGGAAGAUUCAUUUUUCAAAAGUGUGCUUUUGCUGUCUGUAUGAAUUGAAGGGCAGUGUGUGUUAAGGAACGCAUUAAAGAUGUUGCCUGUACUGGAGUUGAGGAAAAAAAAACAAAAAAAACAGCAGAUCCUGUCUUGUGUGACAAAAUAUUACUCAAAUAGUGCUCAAAAUAAAAAUGAUAUUCCUUUAAUACAUUCAUCCAUGUGCAGCAUAAGUAUUUCAAGUUUUAGUAAAAACUAACAAGAUUUAAGAGAACAAGUUGAGUGUUUGUGUCUGGAUUUUGUAGGACUUUCAGGAUCUGUUGUAGUAUGUGUUCUCAAGUGCUUUCUCUAAUGUGCGUUUAUAAUAGAAAGCAUUGAAACUGCUGUAGUUUGUCAUUUCUACUGUAUUUCACUUGCAACCUAUUUUUAAUAAACUGUCUUUAUUAUGUAUUAGAA